UAUGCCUUCUCACUUUCUAUUUUCACCAUUAUCAGAUGAAUCACAAAGAUUUUUGUGUAAUAAGAUGAACUUUCCAUCUCAACAUGUGAUUCAACAUGGGUUCAAAGAAACUAAAAUUCUUGGUCCCCCUCUAAAAACAUGCCGUAUAGUUGGUGAUGGAAAUUGUUUAUUUCGAGCUUUAUCAUAUGCUAUAACUGGAAGACAAUCAUACCACCGUGAUAUUCGCUCUAAGGUUGUUCAUCACAUGAAAACAAUAGAACAUGAUUUGAAACCACAUUUAAAUUGUUCUGUAGAUCACUAUUUAGAAAAUUCUCGUAUGAAUACUGAUGGWACAUGGGGCACUGAUAUCGAAAUUUUUGCAGCUGCAUCGUAUUUGAGCACAGAUAUAUAUGUUUAUACAAAUGUUAACAAUGCAUACCGCUGGCACCUUUUCUCAUUAAAUAUGUUAAAUGGCUCUUCUCCUGAGAACAAGGGUGCUAUUUAUAUUGAACAUGUCAAUAGAGUUCACUAUGAUGUUGUUAUUGAUGUUGGUUUACAUCAUAUUCCUGCCAGUAGACUAUCUAAUGAUUUAAAACGUGCUCAGAGUGUUCAAAGUGAACAUCAUUCAAUCAAAAGAUCAAAACUCACAGUUGCACCAAAGCAAGAUAGUAAUUUUUCAAGUACAAAAGUUAAAAGAAGUAAUAGAGAAAGGAUUUUGCCAGAAAUAAACAAUAAAGAACUUAAAGAAAAUGAGCAACAAUUCCAUGAAUCAAAACCAUUUAAUCAUUCCGAUUCUUUCAAAGGAUCAAAAGUUACAUUUGCAUCAAAGCAUGAUAGUUUUACCUCAGAUAGUAAAGUCCAAAUUAGUAAUAAAGAAGACAUUUUACCAGGAGUAACGUGUGAAGAAGCUGAGAAAAACAUGCAAAACUUUCAUAAAUCAAUGCAAUUUAAUAUUGUUCAGUGUAAUAUUUGCCAUGAAGCUUGGCCUUUGAGAACAAAACCUAAAUCAGUAUCUACAUAUAUAUGUACUAAAUGUGCUAGAGACAAAGAAACCCCUAAAAAAUUUUCAAAUGAAAACUUGAUGAUACCUUCAAAAGUUCCUACUCAACUUCAAGGAUUAACCCAAACAGAAGAAAUGCUAAUUGCUCGUGUUCUUCCCAUUAUGAGAGUUUAUGUUAGACCUGGAGGUCAGAGGGGUUAUUGUGGACAUUGUGUUAAUCUACCUCAAAAUGUUAAAGAAAUAGCAGAUUCACUGCCCCGUUGUCCAAGCCAACUACCAUUGAUUUGUGUAACUAUGAAAGGACAAAAAAAUACUUUUAAAGAUGUUUAUGUUAGAAAGUCUAAGGUUGAAAAUGCUUUGACAUGGUUAACAAAAAAUAAUCCUCAAUAUAGAGAUAUAAAGAUCGAUACAAAGAUUCUAGACUCUCUGCCAGAAAAUGGAGUCCCAACAACAUUACCAACAAUUGAAAGUCAGGAUUUGAACGAUGUAGAAAGUGAAGUUUCAUGUAAUGUUGAAAAAGACAAAAUUGAUGAUUCUGACGUUGUCUAUAAUUAUGAUACUGAUACCAACAGUUUUCUACCAGAAAGUACUAAUAAUGACUUGGAACUUGAUGCAAUUCAAGCUGAAUUAGGGCAUGUAGACUGGCCAUCAAUUGAAAGUAACCCAGUGAACGAAUUCACAACACACUUUCUUGCAACAAUGGCAUUUCCAACCCUAUUUCCUGAUGGUAAGGGUGACCCAACUAAUCCUUGUCUCUUAAGAGAUAUACCCUUAGGAAAUAAAUUUCAGCACCUCAUUAAGUUUGCAGAAAAUGUAAAUGGCAAAUGGAUUUACAGAUUUGCAAGUCAUCCUAGGUUUUCCUACUGGGCUUUAAACAUGAUUCAAAGGCAACGUGCUCUACAGCAAAGUAGUAUCUUUUUGAAACAAAAUCCUGGUGAAUCACAUUUGACCAUUGACGAAUUGCGUGAAAUGGCAAAUAAUAACACUUCCUCUGGUUUCAUGUCUAAACUAUCUCGAUACAUUGGCAAUGUUACUGGCAGUGCAGCUUAUUGGCAUAGGGUAAGAGAAGAUUUAAAAGCAAUCAUUGAUAGUAAGGGUGUUCCUACAAUAUUUUUCACAUUUUCAGCAGCCGACAUGCAUUGGCCUGAAUUGCAUUCCCUUUUUCAUAGCACAUUAAGUGAUUUGAAUAACAAUGAUCGAAGGCAAGCAAUUAUAGACAACCCACAUAUUGUUGACUGGAUGUUUACCAAACGUAUCGAAAGCUUUCUUAAACAUUGGCUUUAUGACACACUUAAGGCUGAAUGGCACUGGUAUAGGUAUGAAUACCAAGCUAGAGGAAGUAUCCACUGUCAUGGCACUGCAAAGCUAAAAACUGAUCCAGGUCUUUGUAAUUUAACAGAAAUAGCUUUGAAGGGUUAUUUGGCUGGAAAAGAGUUACUUAAUAAAGAUGGUGAUCUGCAAUUAUUACACAACAUUAAAGAGGGAAAUGAAGCUUGUGAAAAAAUUUGUCAAUAUGUUGAUUCAAUUCUUUCAACUGAAAAUCCUAUUCCUCCCGACCAAACAACUUGGAUCAAACCUGACUUACAUCCAUGUAAAAGGGUUUUCAAAGAUAUACCAAACAGUGAAUUAGAAGAUGACUACAUAAAUCUUUUAAACUCAGUGCAACGUCAUACACGAUGUAGUACUAGCUAUUGCUUAAGACAAAAUGGUGAAAAUUCUGAAUUGCUGUGUCGCUUUAAAUACCCCUUUGACCUUGCAAACAAAACUCAUCUUGUUUUUGAGCCAGUCAAUUCAAAAGAUAAAUCGAUAAAAUAUAGAGCCAAACUAGUCACAAAACGAAAUGAUUCUCGCUUAAAUAACCAUCAAAAAGUUCAAAUUCAGGGUUGGAGAGCAAAUUGUGAUAUUCAAAUUAUAAUAGACCAACAUGCUUGCGUAGAAUAUCUUACAAAAUAUGCAGCGAAAGGUGAACCUAAGUCACCUAUGUUGACAAAUGCUUUUAAGUCUGUUUUGCAGUCUGUACAUCUUAACACUAAACCUCACAAAGCAAUCAAAAAGAUUAUGAUGAAAACAAUUGGUGAGAGAGAUUAUAGUGCUCAAGAAACAAUGCAUUUACUUUUGUCAUUAAAAUUGUACAGUUCUUCAUUUGAUGUUUUGCCAAUAAAUUUAAAUGGAUCACGCAAAGUAUUCACAAAUGUGAAAGAUGAAAGUAUCUGUACUUCUCAGUCGUUGUUAGACAUAUAUGCAAAUCGUAUUAAUUUACGUUGCCAUGUGCCAGAUAUUAUGGAUAUGAAUUUUGUGGAAUUUGCCUCUAAAUAUAAAGUUGUGAAAGGAAAACUCCAACAGAGACCUCCUAAUGUUGUGCCAAGAAUAUUUCCUUCCUAUCCUUCAAACCCAAAAGGAGUUCAUUAUGAAAACUAUUGUAAAUACAAUCUGUUAAAAUUCAAACCAUGGGAAACCACACCAAACAAUAUUUUAACUGAUGAUGAACUGCAAGAAAAACCACAUGCAGCAGAAUGGCAUACAUUUUUGGAAACUCCUUAUGCUAAAAUCCAUGUACCAAACUGGUAUGAAAAAUUCCAUGAUGUUUUGGAGAACUUAGAACAAGUAGAUGUUCAUUUUGAGGAAAAUAAUGAUCAGUCACAAGAAGAGUGGAUGAUUUUGUCUAAUUAUCACAAUUCCAGUGAAACAUUUGAUUCAAAACCAACUGGUGAUCAAUCCAUAGACUGGCACUUGGACAGUGUUAAAUAUUCACAUGAGCAAAUUGGAAGUAUGCCCAAUUGGAUCGAAAAACAUAAGGAUACUUAUUCUAUUCCAUGUUCUAUAAAAUUGCAACCAUCAGAUCCAAAUACCUUUAGUGAAAAACAAAAACUAGCCUAUAACAUAAUAUUAAAGCAUGCUAAUGAUAUCACUAACAUUGAGCCUUUACUAAUGAUCAUCAAUGGAGAAGCUGGUACAGGAAAAAGUUAUUUGAUAAAUGCUAUUCAAUGUUAUCUUAAAGAGUUGUGUGUUGUUACAGCAACUACUGGCAAGGCAUCUUUCAAUGUCAAUGGCAUUACUAUUCAUUCAUUGUUAAAACUGCCAGUUGCAUCAUAUUCUCACAAAGAUUUAUCUGGUCAUCCCCUUCUCAACCUACAAGAGAAGCUUAAGUCUGUCCAGUAUAUUCUCAUUGAUGAAUAUUCAAUGCUUGGACAAACAACAUUCGGGUGGAUUGACAGACGUUGUAGACAAGCUUCAGGGAAAAAUGAACAGUUGUUUGGUGGGAAAUCAAUUAUUUUAAUUGGUGAUCCAGCACAAUUACCUCCUGUGGCAGAUAAGCCUUUAUAUCAUUCUGUACCAUCAACUGCUAUAGGAGAACAAGGCUAUCUAGCAUAUCGUAUGUUUAAUAGUGUCAUUUUAUUGACUGAUAAUCAAAGAGUACAAGGUUCUGACAGUGAACAAAGAAUAUUUCGAGACCUAUUAAAACAUAUACGCAAUGGCUGUAUCAGCACUAGUGAUUGGAAUGUGUUGUUGACAAGACAACCAACCUCCAUCACAAACCUUGAUGAAUUUAAAGAUGUCACUCGACUAUUUUAUAGCAAUGAAGAAGUUGGAAAGUAUAAUUUCUCCAAGUUAGAAGAACUGAAACAUCCCAUUGCCAAAAUUGAAGCAAGACAUUCCACUAUUAAAGCUAAAAAAAUAAGUCCACAAGAACUUUUUGGUUUAGAGCCAUUAUUAUUUCUAGCAAAAGGUGCGGUGGUGAUGCUUACAAACAACUUGUGGACAUCUGUUGGGUUAUGCAAUGGAGCUAAAGGAACUGUCAUGGAUAUUAUUUAUCAUCCUGAUCACAAACCACCUUCUCUUCCAAUUGCAGUUGUAGUCAAAUUUGAGUCUUAUUCUGGUCCAUCCCUUGACAAUUUUCCAUCUUGUGUGCCAAUUCCACCAAUAACUGCUUGUGUUGAUUCGAUUCAUGAACGACAGCAGAUUCCUCUUAGAUUAGCAUGGGCGUUAACAAUUCAUAAAAGCCAAGGUCUAACAUUAGAUAAAACAUGGAUAGAUAUUGGCAAAAGAGAAACCAGUUUAGGAACAUCCUAUGUCGCUAUUAGUAGAACACGAAAACUUUCUUCUUUAGUUAUUGAACCCAUGACAUUAGAAAGGCUUCUUAAUAUUAAUAAAUCUCCAAACAUGAAAUACAGAAAAGCUGAAGAGCAGAGAUUAUCCGACCUUGCUAAUAAUACCACUCUUUCAUUUUAAUUAAUUUUUUAGGGAGUUACAGUAAUUUCAUUUUAUGUGAUUUUUCUUUUUCUA